ACCCGGCAGUCCCCGCUCUGACGUGUGUGCCCCCCCUCUCCCCGCCCGGAUUAGUGGCAGCUUGGCCUGACUCUCCGGGGCUCCUUCCCCCUCCCUGCCUGCUGCCCACCCCUGGGCAGGGGGCUACUCUGCCUGAGGGGCACUGUGCUUGCCCAGGGUGCUGGAGGAGGAAACCGGCGGAGCAGCUUCCCCACUCUCAGUUGCGCGUCUGGCGAUGGCGAUCAGAGGUCCUGCUGCGCUCUCCGCUGCGCUGUCCCUCCAUUAGCCGCGCUGCGCGGUGCUGCGCCCUCGCUGGUGCCUCUCUUCUGGCUCACGGGAUCGGCCCCCCACUUCCAGGCACGACCCCCUUCCCCGGCCCCUCGGCCUUUCCCCCCACUCAGCCAUCUCCGACCCGGGGCGCGCGUUCCCCCCGGCCCGGUUCCUUCUCUCCCUCCGGGGACACCCGCUCCCUAGCCCCGGUCCGACCCUCCCCAAAGCGCAGCACGGAGUCUCGGCGUCCCAUGGCGCAACCCACAGCCGUGGCCCAGAAGCUGGUGCGGCCCAUCCGCGCCGUGUGCCGCAUCCUGCAAAUCCCGGAGUCCGACCCCUCCAACCUGCGGCCCUAGAGCGCCCCCGACGCCCGGGGGGAAAGAAAGCGCGAGCGCGCUGAGCAGAAAGAGGGAGAACGCCCCGAAGCCGGCCCAUGGGGAGCGAGUGCCCAGCGCCGGCCAGCACGACCGCCGCCCACACCGCGCCCGGCCUGUGAAGCCCAGGACCCUCCCUGGGAGAGCCCCAUGAGGGCAGGAGAGUGAUGGAGAGUAUGCCCAGCUUCCUGAAGGACACCCCAGCCUGGGAGAAGACAGCCCCCGAGAACGGCAUUGUGGGGCAGGAGCCCAGUACCCCACCACAGGAUGGCUUGCGCCAUGGGGCACUGUGCCUAGGAGAACCUGCUCCCUUUUGGAGGGGCGUCCUGAGCACUCCGGACUCCUGGCUCCCUCCUGGCUUCCCGCAAGGCCCCAAGGACACGCUCUCACUGGUAGAGGGUGAGGGUCCUCGGAAUGGGGAGAGAAAGGCCAGCUGGCUGGGUAGCAAGGAAGGACUGCGCUGCAAAGAAGCGAUGCUGGCCCAUCCACUGGCCUUCUGUGGGCCAGCGUGCCCACCUCGCUACGGCCCCCUGUUACCUGAGUAUAGUAGUGCCCAUCCCAAGAGUGACCCUGUGGCCUUUCGGUCCUUGCACUGCCCUUUCCUGCUGGAGACCAAGAUUCUAGAGCAAGCUCCUUUCUGGGUUCCCACCUGCUUGCCGCCCUACCUAAUGUCCAGCCUGCCCCCAGAGCGUCCAUAUGACUGGCCUUUGGCCUCUCACCCCUGGGUAUAUUCUGGGGGUCAGCCAAAAGUGCCCUCUGCCUUCAGCUUAGGCAGCAAGGGCUUUUACCACAAGGAUCCGAACAUCCUCAGGCCAGCAAAGGAGCCCUUGGCAGUGUCAGAGUCUGGGUUGUUGGGCUUAGCCCCUGGUGGGCAUCUCCAGCGAGCUUGUGAGGCAGAAGGUCCCUCACCUCACCAGAGGGAUGGGGAGACAGGCACUGGCAGGCAGCAGAAUCUUUGCCCACUUUUCGUGGGGUACCCAGACACUGUUCCACGGACCCCCUGGCCCUCGUGUCCCCCAGGCCUAGUUCACACUCUUGGCAACAUUUGGACCGGGCCAGGAAGCAAUAGCCUUGGGUAUCAGCUGGAACCACCAGUCACACCAAGAUGCCCGUCCCCUGGAGCUCCGGUUCCUACGGGAGGCUGUUGCUCAUCCCACCUAACUGCCAGAGAGGGGGAUCUUGGCCCCUGUAGGAAAUGCCAGGAUAGCCCAGAGGGAGGUAUCAGUGGGCCAGGUGAAUCCAGCGAAGAGAGGAACAAGGUUGGCUCCAGAGCCUGUCCCCCAAGCCAUCACACCAAGCUGAAGAAGACCUGGCUCACACGCCACUCAGAACAGUUUGAGUGCCCAGGUGGUUGUCCUAAGAAGGAAGAGAGUCAGGCCACCGGGAUCCGGGCACUCAAGAGGGCAGGCAGUCCAGAGGUCCAGGGAGCAGCAAGGGGCCCAGCUCCCAAACGCCCAUCCCACCCUCUCCCAGGCACUGGGAGGCAGGGGGCCAGGGCUUGGCAGGAGGUACCAGACACAUCCACAGGAAGCAAGGCGGAGGAGGCCGAGCAAGAAGAGGAACAGAGAGGACCCCAAGAUGGCAGGAUUAGCCUCCAGGAAGCCAGGCUUCAGGAUACAUCUUGCCAGGCUCACUUAGCAGGUAUCACUCAGUGCCAGAGUUGUGUCCCGACAGCUGGAGAUGUAGGAGUACUGACCAGCCGCUCCCAGAAAUCACAGAGGUUGCCCCUGGAAGAGAAGCAGUUGGAGGAGGAGGGUUCCUUGGCCAGCUCCGAGGAGGGAGGAGGGUCUGACCCAGAAGCUCCCUUCAACAAGGUGCUGGCCAAGCACCUGCUGAGUGGUUUGGGUGACCGGCUCUGCCGCCUGCUGCGGAGGGAGAGGGAGGCUCUUGCCUGGGCACAGCGUGAAGCAGGCCAGGGGCCAGCCAUGACAGAGGACAGCCCAGGCAUUCCAUACUGCUGCAGCCGUUGCCAACAUGGACUUUUCAACACCCACUGGAGAUGUUCCUCCUGCAGCCACCGGCUGUGUGUAGCCUGUGGGCGCAUAGCCGGAGCUGGGAAGACCAAGGAGAAAGCAGGCUCUCGGGAGCAGCACACGGAGGAGUGUGCCCAGGAGGCUGGGCAUGCUGCCUGUUCCCUGAUUCUGACCCAGUUUGUCUCCAGCCAGGCGCUGGCAGAACUGAGCACUGGGAUGCACCAGGUCUGGGCCAAGUUUGACAUCCGGGGGCAUUGUUUCUGCCAAGUUGAUGCCCGAGUAUGGGCCCCUGGGGAUGGGGGUCAGCAGAAAGAACCAACAGAGAAACCCCCCCCAGCUCCACAACCUUCCUGCAAUGGAGAUUCCAAUAGGACCAAGGACAUCAAAGAAGAGACCCCAGACUCCACUGAGACCCCAGCAGAGGAGCGUGCUAGCCGAUCACCCCUUCCUUGUCCCUCUCUCUGUGAACUGCUAGCCUCCACUGCUGUCAAACUCUGCCUGGGGCAUGAGCGGAUUCACAUGGCCUUUGCGCCCGUCACCCCGGCUCUGCCCAGUGAUGACCGCAUUACCAACAUCCUGGACAGCAUUAUUGCCCAGGUAGUAGAACGGAAGAUACAGGAGAAAGCCUUGGGGCCAGGCCUUCGAGGGGGGCCAGGCUUGCGCAAGGGCCUGAGCCUGCCCCUGUCACCGGUGCGACCCCGGCUGUCUCCUCCUGGGGCUUUGCUGUGGCUGCAGGAGCCCAGGCCUAGGCAUGGCUUUCACCUCUUCCAGGAACACUGGCGGCAGGGCCAGCCUGUGUUAGUGUCAGGCAUGCAGAAGACGCUGAGAGUUAGCCUGUGGGGAAUGGAAGCUCUUGGGACACUUGGUGGCCAGGUACAGACUCUGACUGCCCUCGGACCUCCCCAGCCCACAAGCCUGGACAGCACAGCAUUCUGGGAAGGAUUCUCUCACCCUGAGACACGUCCAAAGUUAGAGGAGGGCUCCAUCCUCCUGCUACACCGAACCCUGGGGGACAAGGACGCUAGCAGGGUGGAGAACCUUGCCUCCAGCCUUCCACUCCCAGAGUACUGUGCCCACCAAGGGAAACUCAACCUAGCUUCCUACCUCCCCCUGGGCCUCCCCCUGCAUCCAUUGGAGCCCCAGCUCUGGGCAGCCUAUGGUGUGAGCCCACACCGUGGACACCUGGGGACCAAGAACCUAUGUGUAGAGGUGUCUGACCUAAUCAGUAUCCUGGUGCACGCUGAGGCACAGCUGCCUGCCUGGCACCGAGCGCAGAAAGAUUUCCUCUCAGGCCUGGAUGGGGAGGGGCUCUGGUCUCCAGGUAGCCAGACCAGCACUGUGUGGCACGUGUUCCGGGCCCAGGAUGCCCAGCGCAUCCGUCGCUUUCUCCAGAUGGUGUGCCCAGCUGGAGCAGGGACCUUGGAGCCCGGCGCCCCAGGCAGCUGCUACUUGGAUGCAGGAUUGCGACGUCGUCUAAGGGAGGAGUGGGGUGUGAGCUGCUGGACUCUGCUGCAAGCCCCUGGAGAGGCAGUGCUGGUGCCUGCUGGGGCACCCCAUCAGGUGCAGGGCCUGGUGAGCACAAUCAGUGUCACCCAGCACUUUCUGUCUCCUGAGACCUCUGCCCUCUCUGCUCAGCUCUGCCACCAGGGAGCCAGCCUGCCCCCUGAUCACCGUAUGCUUUAUGCCCAGAUGGAUCGGGCUGUGUUCCAGGCAGUGAAGGUGGCUGUAGGGACAUUGCAGGAAGCUAAAUAGGGGAUCCUAAUGCCUGGAGGGGUGGUGGGCAGGUAAUCAAGUGCUCAGUCUACGCAUAAUUUCAACAAGGAAUGGUACCGGGGAAUUUAGAGGGUAUGGGUCCAUUCCACAAAUAUCACUUUGGGCAUAAGCAGGGAACCCUGUUCCUCACCCUGGCCCCGGCCCUAAAGGGAACAACUUUGCCACUCGAGUGUCCUCCUGCUCCACCAUGGCCUCCCUCUCCAUGGUGUCAGGUUCAUACUGGGGGUAAAUGACUCCUUCCAACCCCUGUACUCCACCCCGGGGGAUGGACACCCUUCCUUGGGGAAGCUGGGGAAUUGCUUUGGCUUAAUCAGCACCCUCUUCUGCUGCCUCAUCCUGUGACGUCCCUGGGCCCCAGCUAUGCUACAGCUCACCAUCAUCCACACGAAGCUGCUGGAUAGCCCUUCUGACUGUAGGUCUGCCGGCUUGGGAGCCUCAGAACUCUUCCCUUAUGGAAGAGCAGUGGAGCUGGGGAGGUGCUGACCUCAGUUAACGGCCCAGGCUGGCUGGAGGGAACGACAUGGGCCUGCCAUUGUGUUCCUGCUUCUACCUCUCUGUCCCUAGUCUGGAUGAAAAUCAGUUGUUUGGUGACUACUGCCAGCAUAGGUUGACCUUUCUCUGUCGGCCAGAGGGCUGGGGAGAGAAGGGUAAAUACAGAAAUCUGCUCUGGAGCAGAGGCCAGUGGACAGGGGGGAUAGAGACAGGGGACCUGGUGACAGGGACCUCAAAUACCACUGCCAGCUCUUUGGGAGGCCUGACCCUGGAGCUUUCUAGGGACUGAAGAUGCUCCUGACUGUCAGCGGGAAAGGCAGAGUUCUAGGGUGCACUGGGACGGCCUCCCUAGGUGGCAUCAGCCUGUGGAGAUUACAAAUCCCCCUGCCUCUGCCCCCCCUGUCCUGUGUGCUCUGACCUGGAGAGACAGGAGAGCCCUUGCUCAGCCCAACUACUCUUGGUGUCCAGGCCCCUGAGACAGAGCUUCACUGCCUCAGACAGCUGACCCCCCUACCCCGUGGCCCUCCUGGUAACGCUUGGCUUUCUACCUCUCCCCUGUGUAUCUCAGCCGCACAAACGCGCCAGCUCUUGUUAUACUUAACUGUUCCUGCUGUGGUUUGGGGAUUUUUUUUAAUUAAAUAAACAUUUUUAUUAUAAAUAUAA